AUUUUCGCUGUGAUGGUCGUAGUCGGCAAGAUUACAGACCUAUGGAAUUAGAAAUGGACAUUGUUAGUAAUGCUAAUGGUUCAGCACGUCUUCGUUUAGCGAAUUCUGACAUUUUAGUUUGUGUGAAAGUAGAAAUUGAUAGUCCUCUACCUGAAACUCCAAAAGAUGGUAAAAUAGAAUACUUUGUUGACUGCUCUGCUAAUGCAACUCCUGCAUUUGAAGGAAGAGGUGGAGAACAGCUUGCUGCUGAACUUAGUCGCUUUCUUUAUUUAGCUCAUAGUCCAAUUUUAAAUUUAUCUAAAUUAUGCAUUGUUUCUGGUCAAUCUUGUUGGAAAUUAUUUGUUGAUGUUCUUAUUCUUGAAUGUGGAGGUAAGAAUUGUAGUGUGAUUUCCACUAAUAUUAUUUCAAAUGUAAUGAUUAUUUUUAUAUGCUUUUUUUAAAUCUUUAAAUUCAUU